GGCAGUUUCAAUCUAACAUUCGGGGAUAGCAGAUCGCGACGCAGUUGAUGUUUCAAACGCUAUCUAACGGCUCAUAUUUCGGUGAAUUCUGAUUCUGAUACGGUUUCAGAUUCAGGUUUAGGUUCAAGAUCGGUCGAGUCUGUAAAACGAUACAUUUGGAGUAUAUUUAAUUAGGAGAUGACGAUGUGGUCGUUGUUUGGCAAGCUUCUGCUGGCCUUCGCAGUUGCAUCCACCACAGCCACAGCCAAUGCCGCAGCGUUGUUUGAUCGCACCAUUUACUACCACAACACGCCGCCCAAUGCCGCGGGCCACUAUCGUUACGAGUUUCAGACGAGCAACGGCAUAACCACCAAGGCGGCUGGCAACGAGCAUGGAGCCGUAGGCGUAGUCCAGUAUGUGUCCCUCGAGGGCAUACCCAUAACCUUCACGUAUGUGGCCGAUGCCAAUGGCUAUCAGCCGGAGGGCGCGCACAUUCCCGCCGUGCCGCUGCAUGUGCUCCGACAGCUGGAAUACAUUCGCACGCAUCCAGCGGUGGAUGAGCGCAGAUCGAGGCGCUGGUAAGGCUAGAAAUCAGCCAUAAAGAUAAAUAUUUUUUGACUAUCAUAUCUGUCAAUAUCUGCCUCGUAGAAUCGGAGAUAAGCGCAGAACGUCGUUGCACAUGAGAAAUAUUUAAAUUUGUGUAUUUAUCGCUUAUCGUUUUUACAUGCAAAUGUGGGGGAACGGGACAGACGCACCAGCAACAAAAGAAAAAGCGAACAAC